UGCGAGUGUUGUUGGAAAUCUUUCGCAAAUCACCAUCAACCAACCACCCAAGACAAGAAGCCAGGCAGCGACGAUGGCUUCGCCUUGGCGGACGGGCGCACCACUACAACAGCCACCACCACCACAACAACCACAACAACAACAACAACAGCUGCAGCAGCCAGCACAACACGCACAGCAGCACUUCCAACCGCCACCACCGCACGCGCAAACGGCACAGUUGUUGGGGUCAGGCCCACUGUCGUUCCCCCAUGGCACGUCCCCUUACUCCACAAGCCCGCCGCGCCGCGAUCGGCUGCCGCAAGGCCACCAUCAACACCAUCACCCACCCCCACACCCCAACAAACCCCAGCCGCCUCAUCUGCAACAACGCUAUACGCCAGCACCCACGGGCAUGUCGCCUCCAAUGGGCCAAGGGGGCGGCGUGUCUCCGCAGCUUCAGUCGCUGUACGCAGGACACCCGACGAGAGCAGCCUCGGCAUCUGCGCACGUGUAUGGUGGAUCGCCGUCAUCGCCAUCCCUGAACCAAAUGGGGUUGUCCCCGGGAGCAUGGACAAGCGCAUACUCUCCGCCCACAUCGCACAUGCACAGCCGGGGUCGCUCGGGUGCGGCAAGUCACAUUCCGUCCUCGCACGUCGGUGGCGUGUACGCGCCCGUGCAGCCCAUUCCCAAUGCCACGCUGCCACCACCGCCACCACCGGCGACGACAGCGGCAGCAGCAACAACACAGGCACAGGCACAGGCGCAGGCACAGCAGAAGAAAGCAGCGGUUCAGCCAAAGUCCAAGGCGGUUGCCUCGUCCACAAAGGCUGCAGCAAAGAAAGCGCCACCGAAGCCACGCGGGAGACCCAAGGGCUCGGGUCGCAAGAAGGCGCCAGCUUCCAAGUCCAGCACCACCACAGCAGCUGCAACGGGCCGUGGACGAGGAAGGGGCAGGAAAGCAACAGCAACCGCAUCUGCAAAGGGCGGGUCUGCCACCGCCAAGCAAACGGCAGCACGAAAGCGGGCCGCGUCAACCAAAACCACGCCGGCAUCGACACCAGCGCAUGCGGCAUCGCCCGGCGACAUGCUACAGCACCGCGGGGUUCGCGCCACCACGAGCAUCUCGGGCGAUUCCGUGUUCUCGCCGCCGCUGACACCCCAAACCCCUGCCACGAGCAUGAGCACAGGGCGCCACACGCCGACCAACAGCGCUGGCGGUGCCGGCAGCGAUCACCCGCCGUCCAAGCGCGCAAAGGGCGCGUCGUCGCUGUCUGCGUCGUGCGUGUAUGCGUCCAGCCCCGUGUUUGGCGUCACGUCACCAGAGUCGUAUGCAUCCACCCCGCACGUGGCAUCGCCGCCCACCACGACCACAACGGCCGGCAGCACCGGCAACGCAGCAAGUCGGCGGUCCACGAGCACCGCUGGUGGCUCAAAGGCGGGCGGCGCAUCAGCAUCAUCGGCCUCAUCAGCAGUGGCGGCAGUGGCUGACCAUUACCUGUACCAGGAGGAGGUGGCCCAACUCAUGUUUCAGCACGGCGAAGUGGAGCGGUUGUCCGACGACGCACGCGCGCUCAUCGAAGAUAUUGCACGCCAGCACGUUAUUCUCCUGGCGCAGGAGUGCAACGCUGCUGCAGAGGUGCGCGGUGCAGAUCAACUCGAUUGGUCCGACAUUGCGUUUGCAUUACGCAAGGACGGCGUGCGCCUGGCGCGCCUGACGCAAUUUGUGCGUUUGAGGGGUAUGAGCUCCAAAGACGUGCGCGCGUCCAAGCCUGCGGUGCAGCGGGCGUGGCAGUUCGGCACCUGGGAUCUCCUCAACUCCCUCAAUGACAUGACCGCGGAAAAGCCUCUGCACUACUCCAAGGGUGUUGCUGACGACAUUCGCGCGUCGUCCACCUCCCAGUGCCACCUUGCCCUGGAGAUGUCCGACAAAGCGCACAAGCUCUCACGCCGCGCAAGCUUCACAUACAAGAAGGCGAAAAAGUUUCGGAAAUGGAUUCAGUUCCAUCACUUUGUGCAGCGCCGCCCAAGCGACGACAUGAUCGAGCUGUUUGGUUUCAUAGCGUCCGAAACAGUGGCGGAGCUCGCCCAGACCGUUCGCCGCAUGAUCCGCGACUCUGCGAAGCGGCGCAAGAGCAAGCGGAUGGUGGUGUCUGCUGAAAUUGUAUCGGAGGCGUUUCGAAGGUUGCAGCGCGACGCUUCCAUCGGCUCCCUUCUCACAAGGCCGCAUCAAUUUAGCAGACCGCACAUGCUCUUCACGUCGUAGCUGUAAUAAACGAACCAACAGCGUCAUGUGUAACCUUGAACUAAACAACAG